AGGGAAACUUAGAAUUCUGUAUAAUACACAUCGACACCAUCCAUUAUCAUCGUGUUAGCAAUGUCUUCCUCUUUUGCCAUCCAUUUCUUCCUAGUCUCAAUAUCCCUUUUCUCAGUUUGUUGCUUAUCUGCAUCUCAUGCUCCCAACACCAAACCACACCCCUUUGUCCUUCCCAUUAAGAAAGACCCUGCAACUAAUCUGUUCUACACUUCAGUUGGCGUAGGAACUCCCAGGCACAACUUUGAUCUCACCAUUGAUCUUGCUGGAGAAAACCUAUGGUAUGACUGUAACACUNAUUACAACUCUUCUUCCUACCGCCCUAUAGCCUGUGGUUCCAAGCAAUGCCCCGACGUUGGAUGUGUUGGCUGCAAUGGCCCCUUCAAACCAGGUUGCACAAACAACACAUGUCCUGCUAACACAAUCAAUCCACUAGCAAAAUUCCUUUUCGGUGGUGGCUUAGCUGAGGAUUUCAUAUUCCUUCUUCAACAGAAAGUGUCUGACUUGCUUUCUAGCUGUAUAGACACCGAUUCAUUCCCAUCCUUCACCAAUGAAGAAUCACCUCUAAAUGGCUUACCUAAAAACAGCAGAGGAAUUAUAGGCCUUUCAAAGUCGCACCUUGCAUUACCAAUUCAGCUUGCAUCCGCUAAUAAGCUUCCUUCCAAGUUUUCCCUCUGUUUACCCUCUUCAAACCACCACCAAGGUUUCACCAACUUGCUUGUUGGAGCUGGAGAAUAUCCUCUGGGAAUAUCCAAGUUUCUCCAAACCACCCCUCUCAUUGUGAACCCCAUUUCCACAGGUCCUGUAUCUGUGGAAGGUGUUGCCUCCAAGGAAUACUUCAUUGACGUGAAAGCAGUUAAGAUUGACGGUCAUGUUGUGAACCUAAAGCCUUCCCUUUUGUCUAUUGACAACAAGGGAAAUGGGGGCACCAAGAUCAGUACCAUGAGUCCUUUCACCGAAUUACAAACCUCUGUCUACAAGCCUUUCAUUCGAGAUUUCCUCAAGAAAGCCUCGGACAGAAGAUUAAAGAAAGUGGCAGCAGUGGCACCAUUUCAGGCAUGUUUUGAUUCAACCAGCAUUGGUAAUUCUGCAACAGGACCAGUUGUGCCAACUAUUGAUCUAGUGCUGCAAGGGGGAGUACAGUGGAGUAUUCAUGGAGGCAAUUCGAUGGUUAUGGCGAAGAAAAAUGUUGCAUGUCUGGCAUUUGUUGAUGGAGGGACAGAACCUGUAAUGUCUUUUGUGAAAGCUUCAAUUGUUAUCGGUGGAUAUCAGUUGCAGGACAACUAUGUGGUGUUUGACGUGGCUUCCUCCAGAUUAAGCUUCAGUUCUUCGCUUUUGCUCCACAAUUCCACGUGUUCUCACUCUUUAAUAUGAUGUGCUUGUGACGCUUUGAAGAAUAUGUAGUAUCUUCUAUCUUUCAAUGUUUCGAAGGUAAUUGAUGAAUAAAUGUUUUCUUUCUUGUAAAUGGAAACACACCUAGUGUUUCACGUGUGCCAUUUAUUUAAUGAUAGAUAACUUUUGUAAUCUCUAUCUGUAUUUAUCUAUAUAUGAUUUACUGUUAAUAAUAAUUUUAUCCUCGUUUUAAAUUUA